AUCAGCGGAGGGUGCUAUGGCGGCUGCCGAGCGACCGCUCUGCCUCCGUCUCCUGCCUCUCCUCGCCCUCCUUCUGCCGCCCCCGCCGCAACUUCUCGUUCGGGCCGCUGCAGCCUGCCGGGGAGAGACAGCUGUCAGGCCUGGUGAAGCCCGAGACUCUGAAGCUUGUGGAUUGAGUCUUCAGCUGGAGCAUUCAUUUGAGUUGGAUGACAGCAUCCAUUUCAAAAAGCGGGGUACUCUCCUGUGGAACGUGGGCCCUGAACCCAGUCUCUCACUGAGCCAGAAGCAAUUAACUGAGGAGGAGCGCAACAAACUUAGGGAGGUAGCUACCGAGGGUGGGCUGUAUCGCCUAAGAAUCCCACGACAGCCUCUGGGGAGCAUUGAAGAGAGUGCUGUUGAAUAUGUCACCACUUUUGUCAGAGCGUGCUCGGUGGUGGAAUCUCAUCUGUCAGAUAGACUGACAGUGCACACAGACAUUGCUGGCAACAUAAUUGGCCUCUCUGUUGUCACUGUGCCUAGCUCUUGCCAUGGAGCUGAAGUGGAAGAUGUGGAUCUGGAACUGUUCAACACAACUGUUCUCCUCCAGCAGCCCAUACCAGCUGCUGUCCCUGAGACAGCAGCAUUUAUUGAACGUUUGGAACAAGAGCAGGCUCAGAAAGCCAAAAAUCCACAGGAGCAGAAGUCCUUCUUUGCCAAAUAUUGGCAUUUAAUUCUGGGCGGGGCAGUGCUUCUCCUAGUGACCAGCUCUGCAACAACCCCUCAGGAGCCCGGACGACAGCCCUGAGCAAAAUGGAUGUACAUUAUUCCUAUCGUGCUUUUCCUUAUGAUGUCUGGAGCCCCUGACGCAGGGGGGCAAGGAGGGGGCAAUGGAGGCAGUGC